AUGACUGAUACGCAUCCAAAUUGUUGGAGAAAUGAUUUAUUUAAAUGUCCUUAUACGAAGUUCGUUUCUAUCGAUUAUGUUCAGCUAGAAUGGAGUGUUGCAGUUGGUAGAAAUCCUGUUAAUUUUACGAAAUAUUGUGAUCAUAAAAUAUUUCGUAUUCAUCUGAAAAACGAACUUC